AAGCGGAGGAAUGCUUACAAUUGGCGGCGCACUCGUGGAAGACAUCGCGUAUGAUAUCGGGAUCCAAUCGGUUGGUGAACAUGUCCUCCAACUGCGACAAGCGAUCCAUUUGUGUGGUACUGUUGUUGUCCUCAUUGGCGGCCAAAUUGGAGAUCACUGUGUCUUCGGCAGCGGCGGCCGUCUUGUCGGCCAACUCCAGAGGCCUUUGUUUGCAUUUCUUGUUAUUUCUGGGCAUCGCUUCCCCUCACGUCUCAUAUGACAUCCAAACACAGAUCGAUACCACGGAUGAGACGAUAAGCAUGUGUUUCAUGCGAGAGACGAUUCAUAGGAUCGCGCAGCACGUGAUCUCUUAUCUCACAAUCUCUGAGCGCAUACCACGUGACAUGUCGUACGACACGCUAUUUGUCGCCCACUUUGAGGCGCGGGUCGGCACUGAACUGAUCGGACUGUCAUCCGUCUCACUGCCGCAUAACUUAUGGACCACGGGUUGGGCUAAAGGCAUAGCAAACGACAGAGCACUGGUCGGGGGUCGGGGGGAGCGAAGGGCACCCAAUAAGCCAAUGGCCGGGCGAUUGAGUGUUUUCGUUACACAACACUACAGUCAACAUAACGCCCCACGAGGGGGUCCAAACAGUGUGACCCCUGACCCCCGUGUAUGGGAGGUGUGUGGGUGUAUGUGUGGUGGGGGUGUGAGUGGGCCUACGGGCCAGUCGUCGGUC